CCCCGCCCCGGUCGGUGGGACUUCCAGGGACCGGCUGCGCUUCCCUGGCCCUGGGGAGGGGAAGGCAGAGCCGGGGAGGCGGGGGAAAGGAGGGGACCGGGGGCCAGGCAGCCACAGGGAAAAUCGCUUUUGUCUCCGGCACGGCGAGCGGCGCAGGGGCUCGGUGCUGCGGCUGCCGGAGCCCCCCGCUCUCCGCCCCGCUCCGCAGGCACCGCGCCCGCACCGCGCCGGGGAGCGGGCAGCUCGCCGGCUCCUCGAUUCGUAUUUUAUUUUUCCUCUCUCCCUCCCCUUCUCUUGGUGUUAUUCCUGCCUUUUCGGCGUAGAGGAUUCCCCCCCCCCCCCCUCCACGCACACACGCUGCCCUCUCCUUCCCCCCCCCCACUCCCCGCUCGAGGUUUCUUUUGGGUCCAGCCGGAAUCCGUGAACGCUCCCGGGGAUUUUCCCACCCAAGCUGGGGUCUAUGAGCGGGAAGGUGAUCAAGCCCAAAGAAGAGAAAGAUGCUUCCAAGGUUAUGGAUGACGCUCCCCCUGGCACACAGGAGUACAUUAUGUUACGGCAAGAUUCGAUCCAAUCUGCGGAAUUAAAGAAAAAAGAGUCCCCUUUUCGUGCUAAGUGUCACGAAAUCUUCUGCUGCCCACUGAAGCAAGUGCACCUCAAAGAGAACACAGAGCCAGAAGAGCCUCAGCUUAAAGGUAUAGUAACAAAGCUAUACAGCAGGCAAGGAUACCACUUGCAGUUGCAAGCAGAUGGAACAAUUGAUGGAACAAAAGAGGAGGACAGUAGUUAUACUUUGUUUAACCUCAUACCUGUGGGUUUACGAGUGGUGGCGAUUCAGGGGGUUCAAACAAAAUUGUAUCUGGCAAUGAACAGUGAAGGAUACCUAUAUACAUCAGAACAUUUUACACCUGAAUGCAAGUUCAAAGAAUCAGUAUUUGAAAACUACUAUGUGACGUAUUCUUCAAUGAUCUACAGACAGCAACAGUCUGGCCGGGGUUGGUAUUUGGGUCUUAACAAAGAAGGAGAAAUAAUGAAGGGAAACCAUGUGAAGAAAAAUAAACCUGCAGCACACUUUCUUCCAAAACCAUUAAAAGUGGCCAUGUACAAAGAGCCUUCUCUCCACGAUCUCACAGAGUUCUCAAGAUCUGGAAGUGGGACCCCAACAAAGAGCAGAAGUGUUUCAGGAGUGCUAAAUGGGGGUAAAUCCAUGAGCCAAAACGAGUCAACGUAGCCAGGUUCAGGCAAGCCAAGUGCUCUCUAAACAGAACCUUACCUCUGGAUGCAGUUGAAUUCUUACUAGCAGUCUUUCAUCCAAAUGUUCAAUUGCCCAGGACAAGCCACCGAACUUGCAUAGGUCACUCGUUUAUCAGCCAUUAGAUCUACUGGUUGUCAAAGGAUAUACCCCAAUAAUGUAGAAUAUGCUUGUGCAUAUCACAAGGCACUUGGAUAGCCAGCAAACAUACCUGCGGAAUAAAUCUCGGAGAAGAAAUGUCCAGCUCUUUCUCUCUCUCUCUCUUUUUCUGUCUCUCUUUCUCUCUCUCUCUCUCUCCUAUGCUUUGUGGAAUACGAAACAAAAACAUUUCACAGCAUUCACUGCUGAUAAGAAUUUGCUUUCCAACUCAGAAAAAGACCACUUUUGCUCUUCAAAGGAAAUUUUAAUGCUUGUAUGUUUUAUAGGGGCAAACAAAAAACAAAUAUGUAAACUCUGUUGUUUCCUUGGCUUACCGUUUUAUAUCUAAGGCUUGAUAAAAAAUGUAUCCUUUAAUUUGGAAUAGUGCAACUUUUUGAUUUCUGAACUCCAAUGGGUCUUUAAAGCUAUGUCUUUAAAAAAAUAAUUUAAAAAUCAGGGUUGGAACUGAGAGUUGGUGUCUCAGGCUCAAGCAAACAGUGUUCUUGUGGUUUUAAACACAAUGAAAUAUAAAUUUUUAUAGAUUUGUAGUUUCUGGUAAAGUUCUUGUGCUAACCCCAGUCUGUAGGAACUGAGUUGUUUUGUUAUCCCAAGUGGAAGUUACCAGAAAGGGAUAAAAUUAUCCUCCAGUGUAGAUUUCUCUUAAUUCCAUUUUGUGUGUCAUGUUAAACUAUUGUUGUGGCUUCUUUUCUAAAGACAGAAACUGUGGAAUUAAGGUGACUUAAUUUUUUUAUAAGAAACGUCUUAUUUGUAAAAGUCCUUCUUUCACUGUAACGGGCACGUGAAUAUUGUGUAGGAGGAAGCGUUAGGACAGGUUACCCCUAAACAACAUAUACUUAUACAUGCUAUUGGAAACAAUUGUUUAAAAAAAAUGUAGUUAGGUUUCCAUUUAGGUCAUCAUGUCUGUUGCAUGGGAGAAAGUUGGAAUAUUGGCAUAGAGUUGCAUGAUGUGUAAGAUUUUGUGCAUUAAUCAUCGUUGGAUUCUGUGCUCCAAAACUGACAUAGUUCCGUACAGGCAGCUUUCUGCCUCGUACGAAAAGAGUUGUUUAUUAUUUGUUGUAUACACAACCAUGCACUGAAUAAACUAUUUAUAUUAAGAUGUACUUUUUAAAAAAGCUGGUUUGAUUAUAUGAUGUACAUCCAUGAUUAAUUUCGAGGGAAAGGGUUGGCAGUUAAAUUAUAAUACUGUAAUUAAUGUUCAAAACGUUUCUAUGUAAUGGGUUAUUCCCCUGUAAUGCUGUAUGCUAUACAAAUGAGAACGUGUUGUUUCUUUUGGAUAUUGUUAGAACUGGUCUUAUGUCCCCAGCCGAGAUACUCAAAACAUAGUGACGAUUAAGUGCCGCAAAGUCUUGGUGACGGAGCCCCAGUGAAUUGCACUCCUCUGCUUUGAGCUUCUCCAGCUUCUCCGUGUCUGCCCUCCCUGUUAGACUUCCUUUAGUGCAGCCACGUAGCGCUGCCUCACAGCACACCUCCCCACAGCCCAGCGGGUCCCAAAGGGGGCCGGGAAGUCAAGCACUUGCUUCUACCAAGGUGGCGCCUUGAGGAUGCUCGGAGGUUGCUGUGUGUCACUGCAGGUACCCUUUAGGGGCCAGCUGUAUCUGGUCUCGAGGGAAAAGGCUCCUGUGCCUCCUGCCUUUCUGCACAUGCUCUGGAGAGAAAAUGUCCCUCUCCAAAAACAUCAGUGAGAACUUUCCUCAUCUGUAACAUCCAGGCAGCUCUGACAGGUGAGCUUCACUCAUCAAGGUUUAUGAAGGUGUGUAGAUAUAGGACGAGGGGUAAUGGUUUUAAACUGAAAGAGGGGAAGUUUAGAUUAGAUAUGAGGAAGAAAUUAUUUCCUGUGAGGGUGGUAAGACACUGGCUCAUGUUGCCCAGAGAAGUUGUGGAUGCCCCUUACAUGGAAAUGUUCAAGACCAGGUUGGAUGGGCCUCUGAGCAACCUGGUCUAGUGGGAGGUGUCCCUGCCCAGGGCAGGAGGUUGGAACGAGAUGAUCUUCAAGGUCCCUUCCAACCCAAACCAUUCUAUGAUUCUAUGAUUCUAAUAUAAGGUGCUUCAAAAAGUCCUAGGAGGAACAAGUGUUCACCAUGGGUGGCAGAAGAACUAGUUCUGGAAGGGAAUAACGUAAAUGGAGGCAAAAAGUGUCCUAUGAAUGUCAGCCUGAAAUUAAAAUGAGGUAUUCUGCUGUCUGCUCUCUGUGCCUCCCACUUGACCAAGCUGGAAUUAGACCUCAGACCAGGCUGGGACAAUGGUUUUUUUUAAGGUUGGAUCUGAGAGAGGAGGGAAGGAGAUUAUAUUUCAGAUCAAACCCCCAGAUUUGUUUUGUGGCAAAUAGUAGGCAAAGAGCUUUGGCUUGCUGAGCUCCCAUAUUGAAGCACGGUGUUGCCUGUCCCUCAGAGGGCCUGGGGAUCCUCAGCUCACCCCUUUCCAAAGGGUGAAGAAGGUGGGAGCACAACCAGUGCCAUAGAAAUCCUUAAAAAUUGAGGAUGUUGCCAUGAUUGCUCCAGAGGUUUUGAUAACUCAGUGCGUCUGGAGCAUCCUGGAGUUCCCUUCAACUAAUUGGAGUAUGCCCUUGUGGAACACCUCUCUUAACCCUCCCAAGCCCAUACAUCAAAUUAUUGGGGUGCAUGUUCCGAAAAAGGAGUCCGAGUGCCUUAGGAACAUAAAACCUGAUUAAAAAAUAGACAUAUUUGUGGCAGAGCUAGGUCAAUGCUGAGCUUUAUCUUUCCUAAAGAUAACUGGAGGUCUGCUGCUUUGCUUUAUAACUGCAGUCUUACUGUUGUUCCCCACCCCGAGUACCUCCAACCUUGAAGGUCAUCUGCAGUGAAAGAAAAAUGCUCAUCUCACAAAUUGUCCCUUCUGAAAUCUGUAGUCUGACCCAUCUUUCGUACUGACAUUGGCAUCAGCUGUGAGCGUUCACUGCUAAGUGCCUAGUUUCAAAGGUUUCUUAGAUACCAAGCUAAGAAAGGUCACUCUUGGAUUAAAGAUGAGGAGAGAGAUAUGGUGAUAGAUGACCUACAAACAGGUGUUUCUGACAGUUACAUGAAAUUUCUGACAAACCCGUUCCAACAAUAGCUUUUCCUUCAGCUUAUUGUGGACUCAUGGGGGAAUACUCUUGGUAGGGUCCUGAUAGUAGACAAAAGCUCAUGUACGCUAUGGGCAAAGCAGGGGUUUACAUGUAGCCUCUGGAGCCAUAGACUGAGAUUUAAUGAGGAGAAAUAGAGUUAAAUGAGCCUUUGCAGACAGUGAAGUGACAGUGAUAUUGUGACCCAACCAGUCUUGGGUAGACAAGAAUGUGGCUUCAGCAGAGGACCAGAUUUAGGAGCCAGACUCUGGAGUAUUUAUUUAUCCUUCAGCACCCGUAAAUUAGAAAGUUAAACAGAUGACUCCUGGAUAAUAGCUUCCUUUAAGAAAUCUGCUAGAUGUUGGAAAAACGCCCAUAUUGGUUGUCUAUCAAGAAAAGUUAUAGCCGCUGCUCAACCCACUUUGCUCUGCCACAGCUACAGCAGCAGAGUGCAGUAAGAUGCACACCUGGAAUAAGGACAAAGCCCAGGGGCCAGUGUGAAACCAAACCCCACGCUGGCCAUGAGCCACUAACCAUCUGGAGAAGGUUUGGUCCCAGGCCCUUGUGUUAUUGCCAGUGUGGUGGUUGAUUCCUUUCAUCUGCCGCUUCUCUUGUCCCUGCCUCUCCACCGCUGCUGCCCAUGUUCCAUGGGGCUGGAGUUGGCUCAGGAGGUGCAAAAGCAUCACAGCAGCUUUCUGAUUCACCUGGGCUUCACUGGGCAAAGCCCUGAGCCACCGCAGGGGCUUGUGCGGAGGCCUUACGAAAGGCUGACAAAUCCUCCCCGCCAACCCAAACGAAAACAGGUCACCCAUGAAAUCAGGAGGAAUACUGCCAGGAGCACAACUGUUAGGAGGCAAAAUUGCCACCUUUUUGUGAUCCACCUGUCAGAGCUGCUUUCUCGGAGGUCUUUGGAGGGGGUUCAGGCAUUGCCUGCUUGGUCUGGUUUUGGGGUGAGGGAGGGUGGGAAGAGCUCUUCUCUGUACCACAGAGAAUCUUUCUUUCUUUCUUUUCCUUUCUUCUUUGCAUUUACCUCAUGCUACCUCAUAGCAUGGUUGUAUCUCCGUAGCCGCUUGCUCAGCCAUGUUCAUCGCUGGCACGAUGGAAGACAAUUCCCUACUUGGGGAAAAUAUCUCCAAGUUAUCCCAGGGAAGAAUGGUGCCCCUUCUGCAGCACCGUCUGCUGUCCCCACCGCUGGUUUCCAGCCCAUGGGCCAGGUUUUCCAGUGGGAUAAAGACGGUUGUAACGAGCUCAGGGAUGCUGUGGUACGCCAGGCCUCUCCCCAGCUGAGCACCAGCACGAGAGCCAGGUCUGACAGAGCUCUGCUGUGUCUUGAGUAUCUCUGCGUGGAGACCAGAGCCAGCUCUAACGGGUUUAAAUGUCUCCCUGACAUAUCCGUGACCAGGACACUUUUGCAGGACAGAAUCUGUACGUAACAACCUCCUAUCUUCUAAUAAAUAACUCUCUCUAAAACAGGC